CCAACUACUACUCUUGUCCUCUAUAUAAAGGGUGAAGAUGCAUUUUUGAAUCCCAGAAAGCUUCUUGUAUCUGACUCAUCUUUGGUGUCUUUGAACAUAUCAUUACUUACAACCAAAGUAAGGAGGUAGAACAUCGCAGCAAAUCGACAUUUAUGAAGAAAUCAAAUGUUAUUGGAAUUCCAAUCAACUGCAUGGACAGAUAUCCAGAAGGACUUUUAUCGGAUCCUGCUAGUCAAUACAGUUUUGCGCCUUCUCCUUCAAAUGAAUUUUUCAAAAUCAGAAAGAGCAGAGCAAAUUCAGCAAUCCUUGGGAUGAAUAAAUUUGGAGAAUGGAUGGAUAAUUUUUCGCAAGGAAUCCGAGGGCAUGUGAAAUUAGGACCCAAAUUAACAGAAACUUUGAAAGGAAAAUUGAGAAUGGGAGCAAGAAUCCUUCGAGCAGGCGGCCUGGAAAAAGUUUUCAAGCAGAACUUCAGUGUUAGCAAUGGCGAAAAGCUUUUAAAGGCUUCCCAAUGCUAUUUAUCGACCAUAGCUGGGCCAAUAGCAGGCCUCUUAUUUAUUUCCACCGAUAAAGUUGCCUUCCGCAUUGAAAGAUCAAUUAAACUCGCUUCUCCAACUGGAAAACAGCCUAAAAUACAUUACAAGGUCAUGAUCCCACUAGGUGAAAUAAAGAGAGCCUACGACAGCAAAAAUGCGAAAAAACCAAGGCAAAAGUAUGUGCAGAUAGUAAACGAGGACGAGUUCGAGUUCUGGUUCAUGGUAUUUCUAAAUCAUCGAAAGGCUUUCAAGUAUCUGCAGCAGGCAAUCUCUCAAACUCCAUCAGUAGCAGCUAUUGAUGCAUGGAUGAUUUCUCCAUAGAAAUUGUAUAUACAGUCGCAACACAUCUGUAAAAUUUGGUUAUUAAAAACUAUUCACAAACAUAAAUUAGAACUACUGUAGUGUUGAUUGUAAAUACAUUAUGCAGUUUUGAAAGGAAAGUAUCAUUCAAAAUAUCAGUUCCCAUUGAGAUCGAGAUGUAAAACUACAAGUACAUUCCUAUUCUAUCUACACUUAACUA